AUGCCAUCAUUGGACGGGUUUUUCACUUUCAUCGCUGUGUCUUUCUUGCAGAGUUACUUAUCAUCGAAAACCGUUUGUAUGUCUGGUCAAACAAAAGCUGGACGGAUUUAUGACGUGAAGAAUCUUUAUGGAUUGCAAGAAAGCAUCGCUACUGAGAGUGCUCUUCACUUGGCAACCUCCAAGCGUGGUGCUGUCAUAACCAGAUCCUCAUAUCCAUCAGCGGGACACUACGCUGGUCAUUGGCUUGGAGAUAACUCGGCGAGUUGGUCUGAUCUUAAGACGUCGGUCAUCGGUAUUCAAGAAUUCAACAUUUUUGGUGUACCAUAUAUUGGAGCUGAUAUUUGUGGUUUUCUUGGCAACACCACGGAAGAGUUGUGUCUUCGCUGGCAACAACUUGGAGCUUUCUAUCCAUUUUCAAGAAAUCAUAAUGACAAAGGCGCACUGCCACAACAUCCCACUAUGUGGCCUAGCGUUCAAGAAGCUACUCGUGAAGCGAAUUUGUUCAGAUAUGAGUACUUGCCAUAUCUUUAUCUAUUGCACUUCGAAGCAUCUCGAUCCGGC